AAAAUUACUGCGCUUGCUGCUUGUUAUAACCGUCAAAUACCGUACUUUGCCUUUAGGCUAGCAUAUAGCGCAGUGGGUUGAAUUGAAAUGAAAACAGUUAAAGCAACUUUUGACACUUUCGGAAUAGACUCGGACAUUUGUGUGUACUUGAGGUGAGAGUAAUGAUGGAGGAGGAUGAGGUGGAGGUGACGCGUGAACCAGAGUCUGGGUUACAUACACAGCAGCUGUGUCGCUUCUUCUCUCAAGGCAGACACUGCAGUUAUGGGAAGAAAUGCAGAUUCCUACAUAUAAGAGAUGAUGCCAGAGGUCAGGAGAAGAAAACCACCGGGACACCCAGCCAAUCAGAUGUUGCAUCUCCAACCUCAGAGGCCCCUGGAGGAAAUGUGGAACACAGGCCUCCUUCCAAUAGCAGCGCCAGGGUUGCCGCAGCAGCUGGCCACCGUCCCUGUCGCUAUUUUCUUUCAGGCCACUGCACCAUGGAAGACCGAUGUCGCUUCUGGCAUCCACCGCAGUUACCCCCCGUGGAUGACCAACCUGUUUCUGGCAAUUGCACAAGACCUGUGCAGAGGAUGCCACCAGUACCCCAUCCCAGCACCAUCCAGGAGAUCAAGCUGUGUGAGCUGACGGAGGAUCUUGCCAAGCAGCUGCGAGACACGGAGAUCAAGCAGUUGAUCAAGCGCUUUCCCAAAGAUCAGCUGAUUAUUCAGGAACAGAGUGAUAGCAGUGUUGCUUAUUACAGGGCGACUGUGAGGGCCACCGAUCCAGACUGGCCUUUUGAUCUGAAAGAAAUUGACAUCAUGGUGAGCUUCCCAGACAAUUACCCCCUGGAGAUCUUCUCACUGGAUAUACCGUUGGACCAGGAUUUGCCGCCAGUAAUGGCAAGACAUGUACAGCAAGCAUCAGUGGAGUGGCUUCGAGCCAAGCAUGCAACCAAUCAGCUUCUGGGAAAGGUAGAGCUGCUGUUUCGGCCUUUUCUUCGCUGGCUGGAUCGUAGUUUGGAGAGACUGUUCACCGAAGGCGCCAGGCAGUUGAAAAAAGACAUUGAUUUGGAAAAAGCUGGAUUGCAGUUCAUAUCAUACCAGGAGCUCCAGGCAACAGUGUGUGAAAAAUCUGGGAACGAUCCCUCAUCCGAGCCUGACCCUGAAACCCCUGCUGCAGACCAGGAUGUCCGUGAUGAAGGAAAACUGGAAGAGACCGAAGGUGAUAAAGGGCAGCAGGAAGAGGAGGAGGAGGAGGAGGAAGCCAGUCAUCUCGUGGAGAACAUUAAGAUCAGUGAUCCCCGCAGAGGCACAGAGGUGAAGCUGCUUGGACUGAGGCUGGGAGAGAACACAGCCACCGUAGUGGCCCAACGAAUCACGGUUUGUCUUCAGUGUAGCAGGUGUAAGGUAACUGCAGACCUGACACUGACUGGAAGGACACCCUGCACGGCUCAGUGUGAAAAGUGCAACGCAAGCAUCAAUGCUGCCUUCAGGCCCUGCAUGCUGCACCAUUACAGCGACGUCCUUGGGUACCUGGACCUUCACAAUGCUGCACCUGUUGACCUUGUGCUUCAGGAGUGUGAAAUCAUUGUGGGCUGCCUCAGCUGCUCCCAGGAGGGUCCUGUGCAGAACCUUUCAUAUGGUCAAACAAAGGAGCUUAACUGUGAACACUGCCACAGCAAACUCAGUAUUCUGGCUGAAAGCACAAGAUUCCAGUAUAUUCAGCCACGCACCAACAGAACAGGUCCAAGUACUUCUGCUGUAAGUUAUAAGUCGUUAAGAGAUCCUGCUGUGCAAAAGGGGAAGCCACUGCCAGAAAAGGGAACGUGCAAACAUUACAAACAGAGCCAUCGCUGGUUAAGGUUUCCCUGCUGUGGUCGGACUUACCCGUGUGAUGUGUGCCAUGAUGAGGACCAGGACCACCCCAUGGAGCUGGCCACUAGGAUGAUCUGUGGCUACUGUGCCAAAGAGCAGCCAUAUGGCAACGGAAAGCCUUGCAUCAGCUGUGGAAGCAUGAUGACGAGAGGUACACGCACCCCCCACUGGGAGGGAGGACUGGGAUGCAGGAACAAAGUCAAAAUGAGCAGAAAUGAUCGGCAAAAAUACAGCAACACCAACAAAACGGUUUCAAGAAAGGCAGCCAGUCAAAAGAAGUAGUUGCGAAGGAGAUUAUUGCCUUAAUUUUUAAAAACACAUCAUAUGAUUCAUUACAUGAUUUCAUUGAAAUUGUCUGCUUUCCCCAAGAAAUCCUGUUGUUAUGAUCCUUCAGUGUGAAGGGCUUUAAUGUUGAAAAGCCUGAAGAUUUUGUCUGGAUUGAAUUGGAGGACCUGUGAUUGUUUGUUCAACUCAGGCACGUUUAUCGCACGUUUUUCACUCUUCAAGUUACUAACUUAUAGUAGGACAGACACAAACAUUAAAAGAGAAAUGCAUGCUGAUCAUUUUCAUAAAUUGCACUUGGUUUUAAAAGAUCAACCUGGUUAGUUAAAGUACUCUAGCUUUCUAAUCUAGCGGUCCUGAUUGAUCCUCUCAUUUUAAGAGAUUUUACAGAUCAAUAACUGCAUUAAUUUACAUGUAUGGACUAAAAUACAAAAUAAGUCGGAUCAGUUUAUGAUGCUUCAGCUUGAGGUGUCCAAAUUCUUCUUCUGCAACUAAAUGUUGCAGAAAACAUUCUGACGAUUUUUCCUAAACCGAACUGACACGUCAUUACAUGUCAUGUGAACAGUUUCAUCAGUGCUAACAUAAUUCAGUGUUAAGUCAUUUUCAUUUUAAGAGGUUGAGAAUUUUCUGUGAAACAAAAUGAUGGUCUAUUCAGCAGGUCAGAAAGCAGAAAUAUUUUCAUCCUUCUUUUCAUGCAUUAAAAUGUUUAACCUCA